CCUCGCCGCCCCCUCGCGCCGCCGCCGCUCAGCUGAGGGAGACAAUGGGCGAUCAAAGAAGGGGAGGAGGAAGAGGAGGAGGAGGAGGAAGAGGAGGAUGGCGGUAGACGAGGCUCGAGCCCAGUGGUGUGGCGCUCUCUCAGCGCUCGAUUAGUGAUCCUAGAGCGAGACCCAGCCAGCCGCCCGAGCGAGGGACGUGGAGGGGACGCCGAGUGGCGGCGGCGGUGGCGGGUACGGGGAGUCGUCGCCGCUGCAGCUGCUGCCUCCUCCUCCUCCUCCUCUCUCCCUCCCUCCCCCCACCCUCUCCCGCGCCUCGCGAGCAAAAGUGUGCGAGAGUGAGUGCGAGUGUGAGUGAGCGAGCGAGCCCCGUUGCGCAGCUUGGUCUGCGCACAAGCACCACCGGAGGAGGAGGAGGAGGAGGAGGACGGCGACUGACCACCACCACCACCAAAGCACCACCACACGGGCACAUUUUGAGGGAGAGGAGCGCUGUGGAACGACACACACACAGAGGCAGAGAGAAGGAGAAGCAGCAGGAGGAAGAGGAGGAGGAGGAAUGGGAGGAAAAGGAGAGGCCACCCCGGACAGCCAACUGAGACAAAAGUAGCUCCAAACCAGCACCCAACUCCACCUUGGGAGGCAGGCGGCCAGGCGGGCGCCUCAGCAUGGCUUCCGAGGAACUCUACGAGGUAGAGAGAAUUGUUGAUAAAAGGAAAAACAAGAAGGGGAAGACAGAAUACUUAGUGAGAUGGAAAGGCUAUGAGAGUGAAGACGACACAUGGGAACCUGAACAGCACCUUGUGAAUUGUGAGGAAUAUAUACAUGAAUUCAAUAGACAUCACAAUGAAAAGCAAAAAGAAAGCACACUAACAAGAACAAACAGGACAUCUCCAAAUAACGCAAGAAAACAAAUUUCUAGAUCUACUAAUAGUUCAUUUUCAAAGACCUCCAAGUCUUUAGUUAUUGGAAAGGACCAUGAAUCAAAAAAUCAAUUACUUGCUGCCCAGAAAUUUCGGAAAAACAACACUCCUCUCACUGGUAGAAAAAACAUGGAUCUUUCAAAGUCAGGUAUCAAAAUUCUUGUGCCCAAAAGUCCUAUUAAGAGUCGGACAGCAGUGGAUGGCUUUCAGAAUGAAAGUCCUGAUAAGCUGGACCGCGUAGAACAGGAUCAGGAAGAUUCUGUGGCACCAGAAGUGGCUGCAGAAAAGGCUGUUGGACCUUUUUUAGGACGUGGAGAAGAACGUGCUAGGAUGGGGAGCAGGCCAAGAAUACACCCAUUAGUGCCACAAAUAACUGUGCCAGUAGCAGCUACCAUUGCAUCUGCAUUAACAAUAAAUGGAAAAGGUACAUCUACUUUUAUAGAAGCAUUGGCAACAAAUGGAACCAACAUACAGACAUCAGUAACAGGAGUAACAGCCAGCAAACGAAGAUUUAUUGAUGAAAGGAGGGACCAGCCUUUCGAUAAAAGGCUACGAUUCAGUGUGAGGCAAACAGAAAGUGCUUAUCGGUACAGAGACAUUGUUGUCAGGAAACAAGAUGGCUUCACACACAUUUUAUUAUCAACAAAAUCAUCGGAGAACAAUUCAUUAAAUCCAGAGGUAAUGAAAGAAGUCCAAAGUGCACUGAACACUGCAGCAGCUGAUGACAGUAAACUUGUACUCCUUAGUGCAGUUGGCAGUGUGUUCUGCUGUGGACUUGACUUCAUUUAUUUUAUUCGACGCCUGACCGAUGAUAGAAAAAGGGAAAGUACUAAGAUGGCAGAUGCUAUUAGGAAUUUUGUAAAUACUUUCAUUCAGUUUAAGAAGCCCAUCAUUGUGGCAGUAAAUGGCCCAGCCAUUGGACUUGGAGCAUCUAUAUUACCUCUCUGUGAUGUGGUUUGGGCUAAUGAGAAGGCUUGGUUUCAAACUCCAUAUACAACAUUUGGGCAAAGUCCUGAUGGAUGUUCAUCCCUCACAUUCCCAAGGAUAAUGGGCCUGGCAUCUGCAAAUGAAAUGUUGUUUAGUGGAAGGAAGCUAACUGCACAAGAAGCGUGUGCAAAAGGACUCGUAUCUCAAGUUUUUUGGCCAGGAACAUUCACACAAGAAGUGAUGGUUCGAAUAAAGGAACUCGUCACAUGUAAUUCAGUUGUACUUGAAGAAUCCAAAGGUUUAGUUCGUAGUAUUAUGAAGAUGGACUUGGAACAAGCUAAUGAUAAGGAGUGUGAAGUUCUAAAGAAGAUUUGGGGUUCUGCUCAAGGAAUGGACUCAAUGUUAAAAUACUUGCAAAGGAAGAUAGAUGAAUUUUGAAGAAAUGUGCAUUGACACUGGAAUUGUACUUACUGGGACGUCUAGAUUUCAUGGAUGCCCUAACUGAAUUUAAAAAUCUAACAUAAAACUUGCCCCAUGCUCAGAAAGUGUGGGACUAAAACCUGAAAAUGUGGUUUUAUUGUUAAGGGUUUUUGUUUAAAGAAAAAAAGUACUGUAUGUUAAGCAUUGAACAAAUUUCCUUUCUCCAUAUAUAGAUAUAAAUAUAUAUAUUAUAUUUCUUUAUAUACACAAACUAAAAAAAAUGUAAUGGAGUGCACUACCAAACCUUUGUCUUCUACUUUGUUAUCAUUGGCUAGUACUGUAUUAGGAGAAAAUGGCAGAUAAAAUGAGGAGUUGCGUUGUUUUCUAUGUGGCAGGAAGGCCCUAAAGCAAUGAGAUAUUUUUUCACUAGAGUACAGAACUAAAACGGGUAUUGGCCAGCCCUUACUUUCACUGCCCAAAAAAGUCAGUCAAGAGGAGGCAUCGCCUUGAAUUCUGAGGAAGGUUAGAAAUACCUCAAGUACCGAUGUAUUCUAAAAAUCAAUUAUUUUUAAAAAGAAUAAAACCCUGCAACAAAAUGUAUUUUCUCUCCUUGCCCCGCCCCUCAAAAUGAGUGUGCUCAGGAUUUAUGGUAUAUAAAAACACUCAGUCCUACUUGUUUUGGGGAAUAUGCCCAGUUCUUACCCAGAUAGCAUGAAGAAGCCAGUCUCUUACGGGGGGAAGGAGCUUCGUUUUGCAGUAUUAGUGAAUCACUGAAAUACCAUAUAUUCUAUGGAUAUUUUAAAUUAUACCUUAGUCUUAGUGGGUUUUAUAAAAGAAAAUAGUGUUUUUUUAAUUAUUUUAACUACAUAAUUGCUUCUGUUGCUGAGGGUGGGAAAACUAUACUACAUAUAGAUUUUUUGUUUUGUUUUUUGGGGUUUUUUUUUUGUUCUUCUGUUUGCUGAUUUAAUUAAUGAAUUACACCAAAAAUGUGUACUAUGGUCUUUUUUUAGUUUCACGUAGAAUAUAUUUUAUUUAAUAAGUUAAAAUUCUUUUGGCACACUAUUAAAUAUUACGUUUUUUUUAAAAAAACUACCUUAGAUGUUUAAUGUCUUUUUUGGGGGAGUCAGUGCUUUUUCAUUUUAGUUACACACUAUGGCCCUGAUCCAGAGAUCUUUCCAUGUAACAACAGGCUGCAUUUAUUCUGCGGUGUAUGAAGAUCUCCACCAUAAAAUCAGGCAGUUGUUGCAGUUUGCUAAUAGCCUGUUGGAGAAUGGGUGGCAGAUUACGCUUCAGGCAGAAGUACCUAGCAUACACAGAACACCUGGAUGCGAAAUGUCUGUCUUCUCAACACACAGUGUGUGUGUCUCCCCCCCGAACACAGUGCACACUUGAGCACAUGGGACUGCAUCCAGAAAGGCAAUUUGCUUAUGAAAGCCUAUCCUCAUGUGCAUAUUGCCACUUCUGGAUCAGGAUGGAUAAUAAUGCAAUGAGCUGUACAAGAGUGCCCUGUGUAAAUGGACUUUGCAUUCCUUUCCGGAGUGUAUGUUGAUUCCUGGCUUCAGAUACUGAUUAGUACUUGGGUAUCUGUGCUUGCAAUCUUACUGAAUGUAUGAAGAAUUGUGGGUGGGUGGGGGGAGGGGAGGGGGAAAUCAAACCUUAUUUUUGUACAGUUUGGAACUUUAUACUUGGAGCCUGACCACCUCAUCCUAACGGAGAGAUGUACAGUGUGUAAAUCUGCUUUUACCUUGGAUUGGUACAGUAUUUUUGCAUCUGUGGGACCUACUUUUUUGUUGUUCUCGUAGUUUGAACUAUAUAUAAACUGUACAAUCUGUAAAGUUUUUAUAGAAUAAAUAUUCAGCUGUGAACUGGUUAAAAUAAAACUAAUA